AGAGGCAGAGCGAGCGCGGGAGGUCGCCGCAGCCGGGGACACCGCGCGCCGCUGCCCAACAUGGUCGCUGCGCACGCUGCCCAUUCUUCCUCUUCAGCCGAGUGGAUCGCCUGCCUGGAUAAAAGACCAUUGGAACGAUCCAGUGAAGAUGUGGAUAUAAUAUUCACAAGGCUGAAAGAAGUUAAAGCUUUCGAGAAAUUUCACCCAAAUCUCCUUCAUCAGAUUUGUUUAUGUGGUUAUUACGAGAAUCUGGAAAAAGGAAUAACAUUAUUUCGCCAGGGUGAUAUUGGAACAAACUGGUAUGCUGUCCUGGCAGGGUCUUUGGAUGUUAAAGUGUCUGAGACCAGCAGUCACCAGGAUGCAGUGACCAUCUGUACUCUGGGAAUUGGGACAGCCUUCGGAGAGUCCAUUCUGGACAACACACCCCGCCAUGCGACCAUCGUUACUAGGGAGAGCAGUGAACUGCUCCGCAUCGAGCAGAAGGACUUCAAGGCUCUAUGGGAGAAAUAUCGACAGUACAUGGCAGGACUUCUGGCUCCUCCUUAUGGUGUUAUGGAAACGGGCUCUAACAAUGACAGGAUUCCUGACAAGGAGAACACACCUCUCAUUGAACCUCACGUUCCUCUUCGUCCUGCUAACACCAUUAGCAAGGUCCCUUCAGAGAAGAUCCUCAGGGCUGGAAAAAUUUUACGAAAUGCCAUUCUUUCUCGAGCACCUCACAUGAUAAGAGAUAGAAAAUACCACCUAAAGACAUACAGGCAAUGCUGUGUGGGAACCGAGCUGGUGGACUGGAUGCUGCAGCAGACUUCAUGCGUUCACUCCCGAACUCAGGCUGUUGGCAUGUGGCAGGUGCUGGUGGAGGACAGCGUUCUCAACCACGUGGACCAGGAGCACCAUUUCCAAGACAAAUAUUUAUUUUAUCGAUUUCUGGAUGACGAGCACGAGGAUGCCCCUUUGCCUACUGAGGAGGAGAAGAAGGAGUGCGAUGAGGAGCUGCAGGACACCAUGCUGCUGCUGUCGCAGAUGGGCCCGGACGCCCACAUGAGGAUGAUCCUCCGCAAGCCACCUGGCCAGAGGACCGUGGAUGACCUAGAGAUUAUCUAUGAAGAGCUCAUUCACAUUAAGGCCUUAUCUCAUCUUUCUACCACAGUGAAACGGGAGUUAGCAGGUGUUCUCAUUUUUGAGUCUCAUGCCAAAGGAGGAACUGUGUUGUUUAACCAGGGGGAAGAAGGCACCUCCUGGUACAUUAUUCUAAAAGGAUCAGUGAAUGUAGUCAUUUAUGGCAAGGGUGUGGUCUGUACCCUGCAUGAGGGGGAUGACUUUGGCAAGUUAGCGCUAGUGAAUGAUGCCCCAAGAGCUGCUUCUAUCGUCUUGAGAGAAGAUAAUUGCCACUUCUUAAGAGUAGACAAGGAGGAUUUCAACCGGAUCCUGAGGGACGUUGAGGCGAAUACAGUCAGACUUAAAGAACAUGACCAAGAUGUCUUGGUGCUGGAGAAGGUCCCAGCAGGGAACAGGGCUUCUAAUCAAGGAAACUCACAGCCUCAGCAAAAGUAUACUGUGAUGUCAGGAACACCUGAAAAAAUUUUAGAGCAUUUUCUAGAAACAAUACGCCUUGAGCCAGCUUUAAAUGAAGCAACAGAUUCUGUUUUAAAUGACUUUGUUAUGAUGCACUGUGUUUUUAUGCCAAAUACCCAGCUUUGCCCAGCCCUGGUGGCCCAUUACCACGCGCAGGCUUCACAAGGUACAGAGCAGGAGAAAAUGGAUUACGCCCUCAACAAUAAGAGGCGAGUCAUCCGCCUGGUGUUGCAGUGGACCGCCGUGUAUGGAGACGCCCUACAGGAGGAUGACGUGGCCGUGGCUUUCCUUGAGGAGUUUUAUGUGUCUGUAUCAGAUGAUGCCCGGAUGAUUGCUGCCCUCAAGGACCAACUGCCCGAGUUAGAGAAGAUUGUCAAGCAAAUUUCAGAAGAUGCAAAGGCUCCGCAAAAGAAGCACAAAGUUCUUUUGCAACAGUUCAAUACAGGCGAUGAGAGAGCCCAAAAGCGCCAGCCUAUCCGCGGCUCGGAUGAAGUUCUGUUUAAAGUCUACUGCAUGGACCACACCUACACAACCAUUCGGGUGCCGGUGGCCGCCUCGGUGAAGGAAGUCAUCAGCGCAGUUGCUGACAAACUGGGCUCUGGGGAAGGCCUGAUCAUCGUCAAGAUGAGCUCUGGAGGAGAAAAGGUGGUGCUCAAACCUAAUGAUGUUUCAGUAUUUACGACGCUCACCAUUAAUGGACGCCUAUUUGCUUGCCCGCGAGAGCAAUUCGAUUCACUGACUCCCUUGCCAGAGCAGGAAGGCCCAACUGUCGGAACAGUGGGAACCUUUGAACUGAUGAGCUCCAAAGAUUUAGCGUACCAGAUGACAAUUUAUGAUUGGGAACUCUUCAACUGUGUGCAUGAGCUGGAGCUAAUCUAUCACACAUUUGGAAGGCAUAAUUUUAAAAAGACCACAGCAAACUUGGAUUUGUUCCUGAGGAGAUUUAAUGAAAUUCAGUUUUGGGUCGUCACUGAGAUUUGCCUUUGUUCCCAGCCCAGCAAGCGUGUUCAGCUCUUAAAAAAAUUUAUUAAGAUAGCAGCCCACUGUAAGGAGUACAAAAAUCUGAAUUCCUUUUUUGCCAUCGUCAUGGGACUAAGUAAUGUUGCUGUGAGCCGCUUGGCGCUCACAUGGGAGAAACUGCCAAGCAAGUUCAAGAAGUUCUAUGCGGAGUUUGAAAGUUUAAUGGAUCCUUCUAGAAACCACAGAGCCUACAGGCUGACAGUAGCUAAGCUGGAGCCUCCUCUCAUCCCCUUCAUGCCUUUGCUCAUUAAAGAUAUGACAUUUACUCAUGAGGGGAACAAGACGUUCAUUGACAAUCUAGUAAACUUCGAAAAAAUGCGCAUGAUUGCAAAUACUGCCAGAACAGUGAGAUACUGCAGAAGCCAAGCCUUCAAUCCUGAUGCAGCUCAAGCUAAUAAGAACCAUCAGGAUGUCCGGAGUUAUGUACGGCAAUUAAAUGUGAUUGACAACCAGAGAACUUUAUCACAGAUGUCACACAGAUUAGAGCCUCGUCGACCAUAGACAUUUAAAGUGCCCAGAACAAUGGUUUGCCUCCAGUCCACAGUUUUUAAAAAAUGCCAUUUACGCUACUACUGACUGUCUUGUCACUAGAAAAUUCUACAAAACAAGCAGAAACGCACCCUGAGACAUCUCAGGGCCACAGUUUACCAGCGUCCUGACAAGAGAAGAAAUUCUUUGACUUGCAUAAAGCCUUCACACUCUAGCUUAGGACUCCCCAAUUUGUAGUCAUCCUAUUUUAUUUCCAAUUGUGCUAUCCUCUUUGCUGAAACAUAAAUUAAGUCCCACAUGAAGAAUUUGGUAGAAAUACCAUUGUCAAGAGACAUAGCAAGCCCCUGACGGUUUUUCUCAGAGAGUUGGCAGGGGGAGAUAUGCUACAUACAGGGUUUACUUGGCUACAUCCGUGGUGGUCUAGUUUCACAGUUUUUAUCUCAACACCUUGAUUUGGAGCAGGGGGUUCUUGGAAGGUGGUGAGGAAUCAUGUAAAUCCAAAUCAUAAGCUGUAUUCUAGCAUCUUCAUAGUCUUACCUCUGAAGGAAUUAAACCCCACCACAUUACUAUAAAACAUUAUGGCUAUUUAUGUAAUUUAGGGAGGACUGGUCUGUAAUUUCUGAAUGAUAUAUAGAAUAAUAUUUCUGUUUACAGUGUAACUUUUUUAAACUUACAAAUCAGGAUUACAUACAUAAGAAUUCCACUAAGAAACUCCAAAGUUCUAAAAAUUGCCAGCGUUAAGAUAAAAAAAAAAAAAAAAGAACAUUU